AUGAAGUCUGACGCAGUCAUCAUCGCCUUCCCAGCUCUUGCAGUAGCGACGCAGGCGCCAGCUCCAGCAGCCGCAGUCAUGGCUAAUCUGGCCGCGCGCCAGCUAGCCACCACCACCACCACCACCACAAGCGCGGCCGGAGCCAGCGUGACGCAGGAUUCUCCCUCUGCCUGCGCCAGCUCCUGGGCCUCCAUCACCAAUGGUAUUUUUACAGCGUCGGGUGUGCCGCCCUACCCGUCCGCCCUGGAUGACUAUUAUGACGAACUGCGGCGCACGGCCACGACGGACGUUUUCUGCGUCCUGGCCACCACUACCUUGCCGCCGGCGAUCUCUUCGAUGGAGGAUGAAUACCAAUCGAGCCUCGUAAGCUUUGCAAUCAACAACAACUGGAACACAGAAGCACCGCCGCAGUGCACCGAAGCGUGGUCGAGUAUUUUACAGCAACCGGCCGAGACCGCCGUAAGCAAAAUCAGAUCCUGCCGGAGCGCCGCCAGCACAGCAGCCACGAGGCCCACAAAUGUGACCUCUUCAGGUACGGGUACGAUAAGCUCAAGCGCCGUGGCUCCUGUCAAUACUGGUGCCACGGGGAGGAAUGCUGUUUCUGCCGGCUUGGUGGUUGGUGCCGCGGUGAUUGUGGGAUAUUUGGGGAUGGCGUGA